AUGGCGGCGCCACCUACGCCCACAACUCGCUUCAGUGAUAACUACGAGCUCAAAGAAGAGCUUGGAAAGGGAGCGUUUUCCAUAGUGAGACGAUGCGUACAGAAGUCCAGUGGACUGGAGUUUGCAGCGAAAAUCAUCAAUACCAAGAAACUCUCGGCCCGAGAUUUCCAGAAGCUUGAGCGCGAAGCUCGAAUAUGCCGGAAGUUAAACCAUCCAAACAUUGUCAGAUUACAUGACAGCAUACAGGAAGAAGGGUACCAUUACCUGAUUUUCGACCUGGUGACCGGAGGAGAACUAUUUGAAGACAUAGUGGCACGAGAGUACUACAGCGAGGCCGAUGCUUCCCACUGCAUUCAGCAGAUCCUGGAAAGUGUCAACCAUUGCCACCAGAAUAACGUCGUCCACAGAGAUCUUAAACCAGAAAAUCUCCUUCUUGCCAGCAAAGCCAAGGGAGCUGCUGUGAAACUUGCUGACUUUGGUCUUGCCAUCGAAGUGCAGGGUGAGCAGCAGGCCUGGUACGGCUUUGCCGGCACACCGGGCUACCUUUCACCGGAAGUUUUGAAGAAAGAUCCGUACGGGAAGCCUGUAGAUAUUUGGGCUUGCGGAGUGAUUUUGUACAUUCUGUUGGUCGGUUACCCGCCCUUCUGGGACGAAGACCAACACCGACUGUAUGCCCAGAUCAAGGCGGGUGCCUACGACUACCCAUCACCGGAAUGGGACACGGUGACGCCCGAGGCCAAGAACCUUAUUAACCUGAUGCUCACGGUCAACCCCGCGAAAAGGAUCACGGCCGCCGAGGCACUGAAGCACCCCUGGAUCUGCCAGAGGGAGCGCGUGGCGUCCACCCUCCACCGACAAGAGACCGUCGAGUGCUUGAGGAAAUUCAACGCCAGAAGAAAGCUCAAAGGGGCAAUACUCACCACGAUGCUUGCCACGAGGAACUUUUCGAGUCGAAGCAUAAUCACGAAAAAAGGGAGCCAGGUGAAAGAGUCGACAGACUCCGCUAGCACCACCAUUGAAGAAGACUCUGAAUGCGUCAAAGACGUCACCAGCCAUGGAUCCGCACACAGCGGUCCAGAACGAAGCAAAACUGUGAUCCAGUGCGAUCCGCAAGGCGCCGUGAUCCGCAACGGAGGAGUUGGUACGAGCUCUAUGGGUUCUCCAGCAGUCGUAGACCCGCGCAAGCAAGAAGUGGUCAAACUCACUGAGCAACUCAUAGAUGCAAUCAGUUCGAGCGACUUCGAAACUUACACGAAACUGUGCGACGCCCACAUGACGGCUUUCGCCCCGGAAGCGAUGGGAAACCUCAUCGAGGGGAUGGAGUUUCACAAAUUCUACUUCGAAGUUGCCGCGAAGCAGACCAAAAGUGGCUUCAAUACAACAAUUCUGAAUCCCACAGUCCAUAUGAUGGGAGACGAUGCUGCCUGUAUUGCUUACAUCAGGUUGACUCAGUACGUCGAUAGUCGUACAGGACAAGCGAGAAGCAGGCAAACCGAAGAAACUCGAAUCUGGGUCAAAAAGGACAACAAAUGGCAGAACGUGCAUACGCACCGGUCGAUGAAUUUGCAAGCCCACACUGAUUAGAAUUGGGAGGGGCAUCCUGGCCGUCAACAACAACAAAUAUAUCAACAUUCAGAAGUACUUUCCCAACAACGUCUAGAACAGCGACAACUGCAUCAAGGAAAUCAACAGUCACAACUAACGAUUCAACAACAACAACACCAACAAAAACGACGACGAGACCAGCAAGAACUACCAAUUCAGCGACUCCAUCAAUCACACCAGCAACAACAAGUGUCGAAAGGACCGCAACAGGAUUCUAGGGGGGGCAGAAAGCGAGCGUGCUCGACAUCGAGCACUAGCAGCUCGUUACCGAGCUCAGGAUCCUCCAUCCUUAUAUCAUCGAGGAGUCCUUUGAGCUGCUUGUCUAGUGAGCAUGAUCCCCAUGAUCAGUCACCGAUCCAAACCAACUUGAGUGAACCGACAUCCAAUACUUCUCUGACAGCAAUUGCGGCGUCCACAAACACAAUCAAGAGCGACCGGACCGUCGGGACGGCAGGAGACAGCUCUGCGAAGUCGGUCACGCAUAGACACCAUGGACGCAGAGUCUGUCUUGGAACGUCUACUAGCGAGAGUGAUUAUGAUGACAAUUAUUAUGGUGAACUUGAUGGUGAU